AUGGUCUUGCAGCCAAACUAUGCUAAGCGUGUCGAUAACGAGAACGCGCCUCCCACAGCACACGUCAACGCCAAAACACUGGCAUCCCGCCUUCGCAGUACUCUCCAUGAUGCUAGUCGCCGCAGACGUGCUCGUACAAGUGGUGCCGCCAGCACGCCAAAGUAUCUGGCUCAACAAGCCAAAAGGCGUAGCACUAAAUCAAAGUCCCCGACUGGGCCAAUCCGCUUUACCAUUACAUCGACCCCUGUCACUCCCCCACCAGCUGAUGUGGAAAUGAAGGAUGCAGAACCCCUACCGUCCUCGUCGAAAACUUCGCCUAAAUCCAUUCCAGUGAUCCUUCCUCGCGAGCUUGUCAGGCCAGAUUUCUGCGAAGUCUCCAAAGAUGCGAUUCGAGCUGUGGAUCCUGAGCUCGUUGACACUGACCCUGAAUACAUCCGGGAACAACUGGAGGAAUUUGGACCUUCAAUGCUCAAUGUUCUUAGCACCGUAAAAGCCAGUCUGACCAGCUCCUUGCUCCCCAAGGAGCUUACCAUCGUCGUCCAAGACCUCACUUCCGUCCUUCCCACCCACAUGGUUGCAGUUUACGGGCAUGCUCCAAAGACCCAGACCCAGCGACGCACAAAAGUAACCCUCCUCCCAGUCCACAGUCUCGUCUUCGCUGCCCAUUGCUCCAAGCUACCCCCCUUCCCUCCAACAUUAGCUCCGCCCGAGCAGAAGCUUGGUUCACAAGAACUAACGGUCCCAGUAUGGCCGCUAUGCUUGCCCUCGCCUCAGCUAUAUCCUCAGCUCGCCGCUUAUCUUUACAACAAACGCACCGAUCUUGUUCUCCAAACCCUUCUUCCGUGUCCCCCUCCCCCAACCCUCGAACUAGAUCCCUCCCUCAUCGUGCCCUUUGCAACAAAGUUGUCGGGAACGUUUACUGUCCACGCCCUGCUGCAGCACCAGCUGAUGGUGCACGGUAUGUGGCAGAAUGUCUGCGCACUUGGGAUUUUCGACGAUCUUCUUUGGGACACGUUGGACCUCGCAUGGCAGAUACUGUUGACUGCGCUUGCGAUUGCGACGGGGAACGCGUCUUUGAUGAUUGAGCAGCCGUCAGAGGGUCCUUCGCAGUCUACAUGAUCACUUGCGGGAUUUUCUAAGUUAUUGUCUAUUGCAUGAAGUACUUUUAUUCGAGCUCGACCACUGCAUGAAGUCUACAUUUUGUACCUUUUACUCUAAGCACUCUCUAAUCGAUAUUUUGUGUCAUUACCCGAAUCUCGAUCCUUGUAGCCGCGACUUUU